CCACACUGUGAAUAUUGCUAGGUGGUGUGCACGCGUGCGCACAUUGUGCUCAGACAGGUUUCCUGCCAGAUGGUGUCCGCAAAAGACCAGCAGGCGACUCGCGUUGUAGUAAGGGGCAACUGAAGAGAGUGGAGCAGUUUGGCGAAUCGAAAUACAACUUUUAUUUCAUACAAUAGAUUUGGAAUUGGAACACAUCGUAUGUAAGUACGACUCGCAAGUUCAGUCUAUUUUCGGGGCCUUAAAAAGCCGAUGAACGUGAAGGAUCUGGAAGGACAGAAACAGAAAAGAAAGGUGUGAUACAGGAAACCUCUUGCCAAGACUCCUUUGCUAUUUUGAUACCCGAGUUGUCCAGGGAUUUCGGAGGAGCUUAUGAGGAAAACAGUGCCUUGUGAAGACGACUGAGCAAGACCCAUAAAGGAGGAGAAGGGGAAGCUGAAAUAGCCAGCAGUAACCAUGAGAUCAAUCCGAUCAUUUGGGAAUGAUGACCGCCAUGUUAUGGCUAAGCACUCCACAAUUUACCCCUCAUCAGAAGAGCUUGAAGCCGUCCAGAACCUGGUCUCCACUGUCGAGUGCGCAUUGAAAAAUGUUUCAGACUGGAUGGAUGAGAUCAACAAGACACCACUUCAACGAGAAAGUGCUGAUGAGGAGAAGGAGAUCAAGAACGAGGACUCUGCUGAGAGCAACACAAAUGAUCAGAGCUGUGGAACGUUGUGUGGUGUGCUGAGAAUUGGCCUGGUUGCUAAGGGUCUGCUGAUAAAGGCUGAUAUGGACCUGGAGCUGGUUCUCAUGUGCAGGGAGAAACCCACAGAGACCUUGUUAUGCACAGUCUGCGACAAUCUUCCUGUACAAAUCCAGAAACUUACAGAAGAUAAAUAUGAAGUGGAAAAAUGUUUAAACGAGGCUGCUAUCAUGGUCUGCAAUACAAAAGAUCCUAAAUUAACACUGAAAGUGAUUCUAACGUCACCAUGCUUGAGAGAAGACAUGGACAACAAAGAAAAAGAAAAUGUUGCGCUGAAAGAUCCUGCGGACUUAUUGGACAGGCAGAAAUGCCUGAGCGCCUUGGCGUCUCUGCGACAUGCCAAAUGGUUUCAGGCAAGAGUUAAUGGAUUAAAAUCGUGUGUAAUAGUACUCCGUAUUCUGCGUGAUUUGUGCAACAGACUGCCCACAUGGGAGCCAUUAAAAGGAUGGCCCCUUGAGCUCAUUUGUGAAAAGGCCUUAGCUACUUGUAAUAGACCGCUUGGAGCUGGUGAAGCCCUGCGUCGUGUCAUGGAGUGUAUAGCCUCUGGCAUUCUUCUUCCUGGUGGGCCUGGAUUACAUGAUCCAUGUGAAAAAGAACUAACGGAUACCCUGUCCAAAAUGACAGCACAGCAGGGAGAAGAUAUUACACAGAGUGCUCAGCAUGCGUUAAGGCUGUUGGCCUUUGGGCAGAUUUAUAAGGUACUAGAAAUGGAUCCUCUGCCUACAAAUAAACCUUCCCAGAAAUAUUCUUGGGCAGACAGAGAAGGUACAGCCGUUAAGAGACCUUACGAAGAUGGAUCUGGGGAUGACAAAGAUCUUAUUAAAAAGAUGAAGCGUAACAUAAGAAAAAUUCUUGACAGCAAAGCAAUAGAUACCAACCAGCCAAUGAACGCUCUAAUGAGGCUGAACCAAAUUCGACCUGGACUUCAGUACAAGCUCUUAUCACAGUCUGGUCCCGUUCAUGCACCUGUCUUCACAAUGUCUGUAGAUGUGGAUGGAACAAUAUACGAAGCCUCAGGGCCAUCCAAGAAAACCGCCAAACUUCAUGUAGCAGUAAAGGUUUUGCAGGCAAUGGGUUACCCAACUGGUUUUGACACAGAUAUGGACAGUAUGAGCGCAGAUGAAAAAUCAGACGGUGAAGGAAAAAAUGAGACUGUGCCUACAAACUCGAGCAAUAAUACAGCAAACUCCACAACAGACAGCUCCAAUACACUGGAGGUACGAACUCAGGGUCCUAUCCUUACUGCCAGUGGCAAAAACCCAGUCAUGGAACUGAAUGAAAAAAGAAGGGGUUUAAAAUAUGAGCUUAUAUCGGAGUCCGGUGGGAGUCACGACAAACGGUUUGUAAUGGAGGUGGAAGUUGAUGGACAGAAAUUCAAAGGAGCAGGGCCUAACAAGAAAGUUGCGAAGGCCAGCGCGGCUCUGGCUGCCCUUGACAAACUCUUUUCUGGACCGAAUGCAGCAGGCAUUAAGAAAAAGAAGAUUAUUCCACAGACUAAAGGGGCUGUAGCCACAGCGGCAUCUGUAGCUGCUCAGGUUGCAAGGGGGAGAGGGAGAGUGGCUCUGCCCAGGGGAGCCUUUGUCAGUGCUGCUGCUGCUCCGGGAUAUGUGACCCCAGGUUACGGGACACCCUAUGGAUACAGUGCAGCAGCUGCCGCUCCUGCUUACGGUGGUUUUUUCAUUGACAAUCCCUUUUACCAGCCUCGGACCAUCGCACCUUUUAUUAUUCACUUGGGUCCUCAAGAUUUCUUCUCUGACUUCUAGAACCAUCAGGUUGUGUGUCUCAGAACCAAGUCUUUAUUCACUUGUCUUACCAGUCCGACCUAAACGAAACACAAACAAACAUAACUCCUUCAGGUCAUUAAACUGGCACAAAUGUAGACAACAGCUAUAUUUUAGCAUUUCCAUAAUGUAUAUCUCCCAUAAAAAAAGGUAAAGCAAUACUUAAUUUGACUUCCAGCUUAACUUAAUGCUGAACUCUCUUUGUUAUAUAGCAAUACUCUUGAAUUUUAGCUAAAGCUUACUUGAAACCAUGUGAAUGUUUUGAAUUCAAAGUCUGAUAGAGCACUAUUUAACUUGGAUUGUAUGUUGCCUAGUAUGUGUAUAUAGAAAUAUAUUUUUUGUCCGGAUUAACCACUUCAGUGCCGCAAUCUAUAUGUACCCAUACAUUAAGGGGAUCGCUUUUGCUGCAGACUUUUAAAACCAUUUUAAUACGCCAUGAAACAAAUAAAUGAAUGCAAUAACCCAUAUACACUGUACAAGAAAUGUAUAAUACAGAAUGUUCAGUUUCUACUCUAGCUCAAGAGAUUAUUAAUGUUACAUCAACACAAGGUACAUUACUUUUUUCAUUAAAAAAAAUGCAGAGAUUAAAAAACAAAUACAUUUGAAACCAUUUUCUCAUAAAUCAAUGGUUGUUUUUUUAUUUAUGAAUGUAUUUUAUUUAUCUACUACACUGAGCCUUGAAAUUCAUACUGUAGCUCUUUUUAAAAAUGUAUUGAGCACAACACCCCCAGGUUGUACUUGCUGUAUUUUAUUGGUACACGGGGGCUAUGUAAAUGCACAAUUAAGGGAACAUUUUGCCAGAACAUUGAGUUCCUCCACCACGAAAAAGCACAUAUACCAUUAGUAAGCACCUCUUUGGAUUUAUAUGUGACGCUUGCACGACACAUUCAUCUAGGUUUAAUAUUUUAUAAAUGCAGGCUUGUUUCAGUGUUUUGUACAAAAUAAAUUGGCUACAUGACAUGCUUUUAUAUACAGUAUUAGAUACCUAUGCUUCCCAAAAUACAUGUAUCCUUAAAUAAGCCAGUUUCAUAGGGUUGUUGUUCUUGGAUCUUGAGCAUUAUGAGUUUGUACCCUUAUGAUAGAAUACAAAAUAGUAGCAUCCUGACAAGCUUGGUGACAAAUGUGUAAUGUUGCCAACUGUGCAGACUCUGAAUACAUCAUUGUAAUCUUUCCUCAUAAAUGUGCAAUUCUUCAUUACAGUGCAGUGCUGCUGCAGUUAUACACAGUAGUAUACAAGACUUGAAUUGGCACACAAAUGUAUUACAAAGAUAUAUUUUAUCUAGCUCCCUCCCCCCUCCCCCCUCCCCACUCCCCAAUACACCGAAAAACCUAAUUUAUGACAUGGAAGCUGCUUUUGGGUAGAAUUAGAUUUAUUGCUAACUUAAUAUGCAAAAUCCACUACUGCAAUAUCCUCAGACAAAGAUUUUCUUUUAAUUCAAGCCAUUCGUAUUUUGCAGAGACAAGGUUUCUGAACAAAGAACGUUGUUCAAGUUGUCUUAUUUUCUUAAUACCUUAUGUUAGCAGUUCAGCCUAGAUUUAAACAAUCUUCUUUUCUGAAAAUGGUUUUACAGUUUGCUUAUUGUCCUAUUAAUGCAUUCUAUUUGAGUCUUCCAUCUAUUGACACUCCAACCAGAUACCUUGUUUUUAACUGCUUUUAACCAACAAAUGCUGAAGUGAUUCAUUCUGACAAAAGUAUUCAUUUGUUUUCGGUUUUAAAAUACAUUUAUUAAAUUGGAACACUGCAAACUGCUGAAAACAAGUGUUUAAAACAUGUAGCUUUGUACCAUGAACAACUAUAAUUACCAAAUGUUUUGUUUUUUACUUGAACAGUGUAUGAUCAUGUACAAUGUUGGCUAAUAAUACCUCGGCAACGAAAGAUAUUCAAAUUUCUACAUCUCCUCAUUCAACAAUAUGAAUUGAAAAUUGGUUUUAUUAAAGCACUGCUUUUAAAAUAUAUAAACAGACACAUUGGAUUUAGAUAUAAUAAUGGUAGAUAUUGGUUAGCCAAUACCAUGUCUUUUCCUGACCAGCUUGAAAUGACUAUAGUGCUAAGCACACACUAUUUGGACCAAAUUAGUCACAUUUAUUAAAAACGCAUAACGUAUGACAUUGAGUUUGAGACAAUACUCGUGAAAAAAGGUCAUUGGUGUAAAAAAAAAAAAGAGCAGUGUUGAAAUGGAGAAUAUUUAACCCAAAUAUAUGAUGCAAUAGUCUUCACUGCUUCACCUAAUAUAUUACAGCAAGGUGAUGUUGGAUCAAAAAGGUAACAUUAAGAUAUUAAGCUCUGUUUCUGUGUGUCAACCAAGCCUGCAGCAUUCUACCACUGAGCUGGGUCAAUGCCAGAUCUGUCCGAGAGCAGCUUGUUUUAAUAUGUUAUUGUUCCUUUUAAAAUCCGUCUCAGGACCCCAACAUUCAGUUAUCUGUGCUCCUCUGAAAGCCAUUAACCAACCAAGGAAUGGUUCUCUUAAAACAGGACUUGGAAUGUAAACAAUUAAGACUCGUUCUCAUGACUCUGUGAUCCAUUCCAGGUCUUACUGCACACUUCAUUAGACAUGCUCUUGUUUAAUACUAAAGCUCAUAGGAAAACAUGUAAUGGCUCAAAUGGCUCAUGAAAUUUGAGACCUGACAUUUUAAAGGAACAGAAGUGUAUUAAUGUAGAGUAGACCACCACCUAGUUUAGAAUGCUGCCUUCUAAAGCAAUCUCUAUAUAAACCCCUGCUUUUCCAUUGACCUGUAGCUAAAGCAUGUCGUGAGGAUUUAGUCUUCAAGAAUAACACUGUACUGCUUCUUAAUUGUAUUAGAGUGAUGGACGUUGAUGGAAUGGAAGUAAAUAUUAGACGCAAGAUAAAAUAGAUAGAAGAUCCUUUGUCAUGCAGCACCCUCUUUAUAUAACGUCAGAUUGUUAUUGUGGAGUGUAAAACCACUCUUCUGGAUCAGUUUCAAGCCCUGUCAGUUAACUUUCUGUUUCGGCUAUUAGUUCAUUAAAAUGGAAGUGAAAGGAUGUAUACAUACCUUAAACCCCCCCCCCCCCCCAAAAAAAACCAAAAAACAUCAUACAGUUAGAUGUACACAUGUAUUGUACUGUUUUAAAAGCUACGCAUUUGUGUAUUUACUAUUGAAUUACAUUUUGCAAGGCGGUCUACACUCCCCUCCCUGCCUCAGCUUUUUCAAGUGAUACAAUUAUUCUAUCCCGUGUUUGUUAUAAAUAUCUGUGUUCAAGGUUAUUUAAUAAUGCAAGUCUAAUUUGCCUUCUUACAGUAUGAUGGAUUGUUUAGUUUAAUAAAUAAAUAUGACAUGCAUUUCCUAAUAAAAUUAGUUUGUCCUUGAAGCUCUAGUUUUAGGGGAAAGGGAUGUUUGUUGGAGGCACCAAACCCAUUUCAUUUAAAUCUGCUGAAUUAUUCACUGGUCCAUUUAAGGAUUCAAUAAUUAAUUGCAAAUUCGUUUUUGUGUUACGUUUUCAUUUCUUCAUUUUACAAUAGAAGUCAAAUGCUUUUGCAGGAAACUGAAAAGCUAACAAGUGACUUUAUACAAAUGUUCAUUGUCUAAUUAUAUACCAUUCUAAAAUAAAAAUAGAUAUUUUUUUAUUGAUAUUGUUUAAAUGUUAGUCUGUAAAUAGAAUAUGAAAAUGAACCCUAAAUUCAGUUUUAUUUUGCAUAAAAUGUUUAUUUACUAAAGCCCUGAUACAAAUGCUCAUUUAUUUGGUUUUAAAACUUUUAUUUUUCAAAGCUAUUUUUAUUUGAAUUUUUUUGAUGUCCUUGUUUUUUUUUAAAUCUAAUUUGCUUAGUGUUAAAUGGUGUCCCAUAAAAGGACUGUAUAUUUUCAUUAAGUUGUGUGGAGAAGGAUUCAAACAGUGCAUUAACCAGGGACGUUAUUUUGAUUUACUGUAAAUAAGAUGAGCAUGCUUGACAAUAAGUAAUAACAGCAAUAAAGGUGCACACUUUCUGUUAAAAAAAAUAAAAAAUAAAAAUACAAUUACAUUGGUUUUUAAAAAAUGAUAGUUAUGAAACUCAAUUACUUUCUUAUAUGAUCAAUUUAAUUUGUGUGCAUACGAAAAACAAUAUAUGGUUUAACACACAACUUAAUAAACACAUUUAUCAAUUUAAAAUUGUGCCGUGUCACCAGAACAAACCAGAUGGAAUUGGAUCACUUCUACUGAAGCACAAAUCCACAUUUAGCAAUAUUUCCCUCAGGGUUCAAGUUAGAAAAGCUGAUCACUGAUAUUAACCAGGAGUUUAACUUUUCUGUGUCCCUGUAAUGCAGCUGAGGUAUACAACAGUUUAGUUCUUAUUUGCAUGCAAACAAGUAGAAAUAUAUUAGGAAGUGACUAUAUAUUGAUAGAUAGAUAGAUAGAUAGAUGUGGAAAUGGAUAUUGAAAGAAUAGCAAGUUUGUCUAAUGCUAGGUCAAAUUGCUUCCCCAGAAUUCUGAACUUAGUCUAUAGGUUUUCAACACAAACCAUUAUUUUAAAUGCAUAAAUAUGUGCAUUACAACAUAUAUUGAACGCUGGUCUGCCACGCCACAAAGGGCUUUGCAGUGACUGCUGAUUGCACACCUUACAGUUAAGGACUGAGGUGGUGAAUCUCAAGGUAUUUUGAUGAUUUGUUUUAAUAACAGCUGUGGAUCCUGCAGGUGCUUUUUCAGUCGCACCGCUGUUAAAUUCCAGGUGGUGUGGGAUUUCUCCACUUCAACCUUUUUGUGGUUUUAAAAACCUAAUCGCUAAAAAUAAAGACUUGGGCCAGAAAUGUACUGUGUAUGUCCGUUAUAAAUAUUAUAAAAUUAUAAAGUUAUAAAAUGUUAUCUUGUUCCUGACUAGGUUAAGCAUUCAUAAUUUAAGUUUUGAACUUCAAAUAUUAUCCAAGACUACCACUUGCAGCACAGAAAACUGGCUGGCUGGUAAAGGCAUACAAAUGAUACGUGUUGGAGUUGGAAUGUUUACUUGAAAGAACCGGAAGUAAGCCUUUAGCACUAGCUGCAUAACUUGCAUAUGAUCAUAGCUUGUUUUGAAUGUACACUUUACUAGUGGAAUGUAUGAAUGUAGAAAAAAAGAGCUACAUCCAUUUUAUAAAAAAUAUAUAAACAAGCUUUUUACAACAGUAUUUAUGAAGUAUGAAUUAUUGAUUGGGCCUUUGAGCCUGUUGGUGUUUACACUUUAUUUUGAAGUUUGCGACAGUGGAGUUUUCAUGUUCACACCUCAAUACAUUGUGCAGUGGUGCAUUCAUUAUUGCUGUAAAUAUUAUUUUUCAGUUCGUUUUACAUAUAUGUUGGUGAAACCAACAAGACAGAUCAGGUUUACCUGGCUUGCUCUUAUGAUAAAAUUAUACAGAGGAUGGUUCCUCUUGAAUUAACUUUGAAAAAAAGUAGAAAAUGUGAAAUGGUGAUUGUACGCAAGUUUUGUGACUGAAAUGCGCUUUAGUAAAAGCAGUUUUUAGUGGUUAAAUAGAUUCAUGUUUGCUAGUUCUAUGUAAUGAAACUAAUAGUAGAAAAUCACAAUGGCGAUCUGCUCUUUGUCACUGUUAUUUGCCAUAAUUUAUGCUUGAACAUUUAAAGUGCUGAUUCACUUGAAAGUGUCAACAUUUUCUUAAAACAAGAAAAUAAAAGCAGAAUGUUAAAGAA